AUGCUUACCGAGGCGAUCGAGGCCUCCCCACUAACAGCGCCAACUCUGCGACGGAAUGUCUCUCUACGUAACUGGGAGAAGGAUUUCCGACGCCGUCAGCUUUUGAGUUCCGAAUCAGAUGACACACCUUCAAUUGAGGGACUUCCUUUCGACAUCACUUAUCGGGCAUUCAGGUACGCAGGACGAAAGGUCAUGGUGGUUGAAUACGAUACAGAGGAGGAAUCGAGUGGCAAAGAUGAAGAGGACGACGAAGAUUGA